UAUAGGCGCUGGAGGUAAUUUUAAUUUUCAUUGAUUUGAUAUUACUUUAUAGAAACACUAAUACAUACUUAUUAAUGUAAAUGUGUAUAUGACACUAGAGUUUACUGAUGAUUCGAAGUUGAAAAAAAUGGAUCACUUAUGCUUGUGCUGCUUGGAGGAGUUUUAAGUCACAACUCACGAGUAAUUACAUUAAGAAGCCUAAGCCUAAUAUUGAGCGCCCAUGGGCGAAAUAUUCUUAUCUAAACAGGAAGGUUAAAAGUGAAGCGGGAAAGGAGAACAAGGCUAAAAAAAAUACCCCCAUAAUUUGUCUUGUGGGAUAUGCGAGUGAUCGAGAACCAUCUCCACCAACACGACAUGAGAGGUGGAAGAGGGCUCGGCAAAUGCCAAAUGAAGAAUACAUUUCUAAGGCCUCAAGAUUAGUCGCUAAGAGAAUUGAUUUGUUGGUAGCCUCAACCCGUGAAGGUUCCUUUGUUCCAGAACCACGACAAGGUAUAUUAGUAGAAGCCAUCGAAACAAAGGAGCACAAUGGGCGUGUCUGUGGUGUUAGAGAUAACUUUGGCCUGAGAAAAUAUUUUGGUUUAUCUAGAAAAACCUCUGGAAAAACACAAACUGAAACGUUAGAAAAGUUACAGAGAAAGAUUAAUAAUCAACAAAAAAUAGUUUCAAGUGAAGUUAGAAAUGGAGCAGAAAACUUGCAUGAGAGAAUUGGAAUACAUAAAAGAGUUAUAAGCGAUAUAGAAUAAGUGGUACCUUCCAACUAUGUACGAAUGAAGAUGAUGAUGAGGAUGAUCAAUUGCUUGCUAGAAAUUUUGGAUGUGGAGCAAGCACAAAAGGGAGUUGUUCAACUGCUCCCACCGGUCACGAGAUCGAUAACGGGUUGUUGAAUCUCUCUGAAGGAUCAUAUGCCAAAAUGUUAAGUGCCAUUAUGUGCCACGAAGACGAGUUAUUUACUCUUGCGCUAAAACAUGAUCCAGAUAUUAAGGGGUUAGAGGAAUUCAUAUUUUAUCCUAAAGAUAUAAAGGAUUUGAUUGUUAGAUAGAAGUGGUUGGACUUAGGGCUAAUACAAGUUUGGUGCACGUAAGUAUAUCUCAUUAUGGUACAUUUAUUCUUUUUUGUAAUUCCCCACAUGUAUUUUUUAUUUUGUUUAACCAUUUAGGUACAUUCACCAUGUUAGUAUAGAGCUAAAUAAAUUGGAUACUUAUGGAUUGUUGGAUCCAGUUAGAGUACGAUUUACAUGUAAUACUUAAAAAUAAUAUUGAAGACUUCUUAACAUCACGGAUAGCAUGUGGGAAAGAAUGUUACUUAGCACUAU